AUCUACAACGCCCCCACGACCUUUCAACGGGCAAUGAACAUGGCUUUUCAUAAUUUCGUGAGGAAGACUCGUUUGGCGCAGAGUAUCAUCAACUACUGCGUGAUUGUGUACAUGGAUGACAUCUUGGUGUAUUCAAGUUCCUACGAGGGACACGUGCAGCACAUCGAAUGGGCACUGCACGCGUUACGAGAUGCGGGCUUCAAGGUGGCGCUUGAGAAGUGUCAGUUUUUCCUCACCACCAUUUCCUUCCUAAGGCACGUGGUGACAGACAAGGGACUCCAACCGGAGCCGCAGAAGGUGGCAGCUGUCAGGGAUGCGCCGGUGCCUACGACUAUCACGCAAGUUCGCGCCUUUCUGGGCCUAGCCUCAUACUACCGAAGAUUUAUCAAGUGCUUCGCGGCAAUUGCGGGACCCCUCACAAAUCUGUUGCGCAAGGAUCAGCCGUUGAUUUGGACGCCGGAGUGCGAUCAAGCGUUUUCCAAACUCAAGGCCGCUCUCAUUUCGGCUCCGGUCCUUAUAAGACCGGAUGCCGAAAAGCUUUUAGUUCUCAUCACUGACUGGCAGCCAAACGCAAUUUCGGCGAUCCUUGCCCAGGUGGGACCAAGCGGACUCGAGAAUGUGGUGGAGUAUGCGUCCAAAUCAGUGCCCGCCUGCAAGCGCAACUACGUCGCUCUAACGGGAGAAUGCGAUGCGGCUCUCUGGGGAAUCAGUCACUUUCGUACGUACCUGUACGGGCGAAAAUUCACCCUGGUGACUGAUUAUGAGCCCCUGUUGGCUCUGAAGAAGUCGAAGGAUUACUCGGGCAUGAUCGGGCAAUGGGCAACGGUGCUGCAGAGCAUGGACUUUGACAUUCGUCAUCAGAAGCUCGAGAGACACGGGAAUGCGGACGGACUGACACGGCUGCACCGGCCUGAGAAAGUUCCGAAGAAUGAGGAGGCGAUUCCGUGGAACGAACCUGAACAGGAGAUUGGACCCCGGUACGGCCAAGUGGAGAUUUUGUCGAAGCAACAGGUCCAUAGCUACAAGGCUCGGAAUGGAAAUGCUGGGCCCCAGCGUCAAUAUAAAUUAGGGGACCUAGUGCAGGUGACGUGGACACAGACCAGCGGGCAUCCUGCGUGGAUCGAAAAUCCGGAGCUGCUAAUCAUCCAAGCUUGGAGGACUAACGUGGAGGGCGAUCUUCUUGGCUUUCUCUUUGGAUCGGUACAGUCGGGGCGCCGCCAUCUGAUUGCGCAGGAGGUCAUCGCACCAAUUGUGCAAUUGGCGGACGAUCUCUCGCCCGACAUCUAUUCACAGACUGACGACAGUCCUGCUCCGUACAUUUUCGAGCGAUUAUUGGAUCCGUACCUUCAGUGGACUGCGUGCUUGGAAGAACCUAGGGACAAGGAUACGCUACCAUCGCUGCAAGAGUAUCUCAAGCCGUACGAUAUCAUCCCUCACGCCUUUUAUCCAAGGGCGGAGGAAGUGGUGAUCGACGACGACGAAGAAGAAGACGAGGACGAGGAAACAUCGGAGGAGGGAAGCUAUAGUGAACAUAGCGAGGGCGAGCUGAGCAAAGGGGAAGAGGAGGAAGAAGAAACCGGAUCUGAGUGGGAAGCCUUGCCGGAGGAAGCGACGCAUACGGGAACGGAGGCGGAAGCUCCGGAAGUGGCGCGAAAGCGCAAAGAAAUUGCCACCGGGAAGCGCCAGCUGGAGUUCGCCAGCGAAGCUAGCCUGCACAUCGGUAAUGAUCCGACCAGGGAUCCAGAGCCGCCGAAGCCCGAAGAUGGCGACCCUGCAGCCGCCACCUCAAGUACCGCGCGACGGAGACGGAGUCGAUCCCCCUCCUCCUCCAGCCCCACCCGUCCCCCAGUUCGCCCACGUACCGAUGCGGGCGAUAGGCCUUCGUCCUCGGACGCUGUCCCGCCGACCCCUUGAUUUCCUCACCCUCGAGCAGAUCCGUACCCCCGUCACCUUCCCUUCCCAUCCCUUCCUUCCCCAUCUCUUCCACGACUUUUAUUCUACCCGCCUAUUCG